AUGGCAGCUAAACAAGCAGCUGAAAAGUUCAUCUCGGAACACCUUGUCGCUGUUUUCAGCAAGAGUUACUGUCCUUAUUGCUCCCAGGCCAAAUCACUGAUCGAUAAGCAAUUAGGUCUCGACAAGAGUCAGGUUGGUGUGUUGGAAUUGGACCAAAUGGGUUCUGAAGGGAGUGAUAUUCAGGCUUACUUGAUGGAAAAAACCUCGCAGCGUACAGUUCCGAACAUCUUUAUCAACCAGAAACACCUAGGUGGUUGCUCCGACCUAUUGGACGCUCAGAAGAGUGGAAAGCUGCAACAACUUCUCAAGUAA